GUUCCUCUCCCCCCUCUUGGGCGCUCCCUGCCAAGCCCAUGAUGUAAUGGUGUAUGUUAAUCAGUAGCAUGUGGGGAGCUCCGGCUCUGGCGGCUCAGUCCUCCGCGAGCCGACACUGGAGGCAGCAGCAGCGGCGGCGGCAGUAGCGCCCCGGACCCGCAGCGCAGCUCUCUCCCAGCUCCGCCCGCCCCGACGGCAUGGCCAGCAGACCGCGCUCCGGGAGCCCCCAACCCCGCUGAGAGUCGCCCCGGCCCCGGACCCGCGAGUAGGGCCCCGAGCCGCAGGGAUGAGCCGCAACAAGUGGUGAUCGCCGCUCGGGAAUGCGGGUGUGAAGGGUCCGAGCUGCCACCCAGCGGGGAGAAGACCCCGGGACGACGGAAAUCACCAUCCCCAAGCUACGAGAAGGGGGGAAAAGAGCAUUCUUCAUUCAGUUGUGUGCCUUGUGAGGGAUUUUUUUUUUUUAAUCGUUAUUUUUUUAAAAAAAGAAACAUUUCCGUGCUACUGUCUGUCAUCGUCUCCAGGGAAAUCAGCCAGAACCACCGGAACGUAACUGAAACCAGACAAGAGAGGCAGGAGCCGAGGCAGUACCUGCAGCGUCCGGGCACCAGAGCCACCUUGGAACCGGAACGCGUCUCCGGUGGCCGCGGGGCUGCGGCUCCGCCAAACUUUGGGGCGGGCGGGGCGGGUAGGGGCGCUGAGGGGCUUUGUAGACCGAGGGCCGCCCCCUAACCAUGAUGUUUCGCGACCAGGUCGGGGUGCUGGCGGGCUGGUUUAAGGGUUGGAACGAGUGCGAGCAGACUGUUGCGCUGCUGUCGCUGCUCAAGCGCGUGAGCCAGACCCAGGCCCGCUUCCUCCAGCUCUGCCUGGAGCACUCGCUGGCCGACUGCGCCGAGCUGCACGUCUUGGAAGGCGAGGCCAACAGCCCCGGAAUCAUUAACCAAUGGCAACAAGAAUCCAAGGAUAAAGUGAUUUCCCUCCUGUUAACUCACCUGCCUUUGCUGAAGCCAGGAAACCUCGAUGCAAAAGUAGAGUAUAUGAAACUGCUGCCCAAAAUCCUGGCACACUCUAUUGAACACAACCAGCACAUUGAGGAGAGCAGACAGCUGCUGUCCUAUGCGUUGAUACAUCCGGCCACUUCAUUGGAAGACCGCAGUGCUCUAGCCAUGUGGCUGAAUCACUUGGAGGACCGCACAUCGACCAGCUUCGGCGGCCAGAGCCGAGGCCGCUCGGACUCUGUGGAUUAUGGGCAGACGCACUACUAUCACCAAAGACAGAACUCUGAUGACAAGCUCAAUGGGUGGCAGAACUCGCGGGACUCGGGGAUUUGCAUCAACGCCUCCAACUGGCAGGACAAAAGCCUGGGGUGUGAGAAUGGCCAUGUGCCCCUCUACUCCUCCUCGUCCGUCCCCACCACAAUCAACACAAUUGGAACCAGCACAAGUACAAUUCUCUCAGGCCAGGCACACCACAGCCCUUUGAAACGAUCUGUGUCCCUUACCCCACCCAUGAAUGUGCCAAACCAGCCUCUAGGACAUGGAUGGAUGUCUCAUGAGGACUUACGAGCUAGAGGACCCCAGUGCCUCCCAUCCGAUCAUGCCCCCCUGUCUCCACAAAGCAGUGUAGCCUCUUCAGGAAGUGGUGGGAGUGAACACUUAGAAGAUCAGACCACUGCUCGUAACACAUUCCAGGAAGAAGGUAGUGGUAUGAAAGAUGUUCCAGCCUGGUUAAAAAGCCUCCGCCUGCACAAGUACGCUGCGCUUUUCUCCCAGAUGACCUAUGAGGAAAUGAUGGCCCUCACCGAGUGCCAGCUGGAGGCUCAGAAUGUUACCAAAGGUGCAAGACAUAAAAUUGUCAUCAGUAUUCAGAAGCUCAAAGAAAGACAAAAUCUCCUGAAGUCUUUAGAAAGGGACAUCAUCGAGGGGGGCAGCCUGCGCAUCCCCCUCCAGGAACUGCACCAGAUGAUCCUGACCCCCAUCAAGGCCUAUAGCUCCCCCAGCGCCACCCCGGAGGCACGCCGCCGGGAGCCCCCAACCCAACACCAGCCCUCCCUGAUGGGCCCCGAGAGCCAGAGCCCCGACUGCAAAGACAGCACAGUGGCCGCCAGCGCCUCUGCCAGCGCCUCUGCCGGGGCCAGCGGAGGGCUCCAGCCGCACCAGCUCAGCAGCUGCGAUGGGGAGCUGGCUGUCGCCCCGCUGCCGGAGGGGGACCUGCCCGGGCAGUUCACACGCGUCAUGGGGAAAGUGUGCACACAGCUCUUGGUCUCCAGACCUGAUGAGGAAAAUAUAAGUUCCUAUUUACAGCUCAUAGACAAGUGUCUAAUUCAUGAGGCAUUCACAGAGACGCAGAAAAAAAGAUUGUUGUCAUGGAAACAGCAGGUGCAGAAGCUCUUUCGGUCUUUCCCUCGGAAAACCCUCCUAGACAUAUCAGGAUAUCGACAGCAAAGAAAUCGCGGCUUUGGGCAGUCCAACUCCCUCCCGACGGCCGGCUCUGUGGGCGGUGGCAUGGGCAGACGGAACCCACGCCAGUACCAGAUCCCCUCUCGGAAUGUCCCUUCUGCCCGCCUAGGCCUCUUGGGCACCAGUGGAUUCGUCAGCUCCAGCCAGCGCCACACCGCAGCCAACCCUACCAUCAUGAAACAAGGAAGACAGAACCUCUGGUUCGCCAACCCUGGUGGCAGCAACAGUAUGCCCAGCCGCACCCACAGCUCCGUCCAAAGGACCCGCUCGCUGCCUGUCCACACUUCUCCACAGAACAUGCUGAUGUUCCAGCAGCCAGAAUUCCAGCUUCCUGUGACUGAACCUGACAUUAACAACAGGCUGGAGUCCUUGUGCCUCAGUAUGACCGAGCAUGCCCUGGGAGACGGGGUUGACCGGACCUCCACAAUCUAGAAGCUGAAGAUGAGAGUGACCGCGCUGGCCGUGAAAUCGACUGCUGCGGGUCCAGUGUCAGCCAUCUUCAUGGUUGCACAGAAUCCUCCAAGAUACUUUGCAGCCUUUUUCCCCUGGUCCCUCACCCAUUUUGAUUUUGUGAGAGCGUAGGUCAUCCUUGUAAACAUAUCAGUAGACCUGGGAUUGGUUAUAUUGUCAUUUGUUUCUGUCAUGGGAUGGUUUGGUGUGUCCAGUGGGAGGAGUCUCUAGGGAAAUGGUGGGUCUGGGAGGCGGGUGGAGGGAUGUGAAUGGCUUCCUGGAUGGAAGGGGUAGGGAUGGCUGCCAUGAAAGAGAAACGGGAGACCCAGGAGGGAAGCAGAAGCCCCAGCCUGGGAGCCUUCUCAGAGAGCCUGGCUUCCCAGUCAGGCCACAGGAGGAGAUGGUGGACACAUGCGACCAAAGCAAGAUGGCGGCUCGCCUGUUUCUGUCUCCCCUGACACUGUUCCCUUGAGGCCCCUCUUGCAACAGCCACAGGAGAAGGUCAAAUGGCAACAGGGGCAAGAAGGAAGAAAUUCCCUCCAGCAAAAUUUCAGAUAAACUUUGAUUUGUGUAUUGUUUACAUAAGAAUUUUAAAGGGUACAUAAUGUGUAAAGAGUUUGGGUAGAACUUCUCUUCAUACUAUGGUUUUUUGUAAAGGAUUUAUUGUUGUUAUGGAUUCAUUUUUUUCCUCUAUUUUUAUAAUAGCAGCAGGGUUGUCUUUUUUAAUGGCUGCCGAGCUCUGCUCCUUGGAAAGAUGGAAAUAGUCACGUAGGCCUGAGUUGCCCGCUCUCACCAUUAGGUGGGAGGAGUGUGUGGUGGAUGUGAAGGACGAGGAUGUGGCUGGAAUGUGCGCAGCACUAGGAAAGGACACAGGACGAUGGCAGCAUGUGAUCAGCUAUGGAUUUGCUGCCAGGUCACCCAGAGAGUCUAAACAAACCUUGUGGCCUCUUUCUGGGCUGGAUUUGCUUCUCAUCCAAAGACCUGUCUUCCUUCCAACGCUCCCCAGGGGCUUCAUCUUAGCACUCCUGGCCUCGCUCCACCGAGUUCCACUGGUGGAAGAAAGGUGAGGUCUAACACCCAGAAAAUGAGAUCAAAACAUGCACAAUGGGGUUUCCUGUAGGAACCUGAGCCCGAGGGGAUGCAUCCCAUUCGCUCAAGUCCCUGCUGAAGGAGAAGAGAGACAGGCCCAGCAACAGUGUAUAAAGGGUCAGUUGGCAAGUGUCAGAGAGAGCAUGCAAGAGGCACUGGGCUCCCACAGUCCAGCCCCGGUGGGAGUGAAAGCAGAGGUAGGAAGGAUGGCUCUAUCCGUAUAGUAAGUCAGACGUGCUGUAUUGUUAGCUGACUUAUCCAUCCGCACAGAAGGGAGAGGGGGAAAAACCGCUCAUUACAUGGUGAGAGAUUAACAAACUAUGGUACCACAAAGUAAUAGCUCUAUUUCUUAAGGGCAAGAAAGACUGUGUUUUGGAAUUUGACGCCGUGGAGGGUAUUAGAGGAAAUCAAAAAGAAAUCGUGCUCUGCACUGGAAAAUUGGGUUGUGUAAAUGACAGUACAAAUGCUCAGCCAGAGGCGUGAUCAGGGAGAUGGUAUAAGUCCUGUUUAUUAAAUGGGUGAGAACGGUGCCUCUUUUUUUUUUUUUUAAAGUGAAGCCAGAGUCACAAUUAAAUAGAUCUGAUCAUGAAAAUUAUUGCAAUCACUUAUGGUCAUGUUAAAAAAAAAAGUAAAUGAAUUACACAGAUUUAAAAGGGCUUAAUAAAAGCCAAACAACUUUCUUUUACCUUCAAGAUUAAAAAUGUACACCCAGACCAGCCCAGGAUACUGCAAUCAGGUUUUUGAAACCCUUUUGCAAUGCAAAAGGCUGAGAGUACCUUAGCCAGAACCAUUAGAGAGUCCAGAGAGCUUGAAUCCACAAUUUCAUGCUGUGCAUUUUUUUAAAAAAAGAAAAAUGUUUAGACCUCUCCUUGGGUGACUAAAUCCUAAAGAUGCAAAUCCAUGUGCAGAAAGAGGCAGCAUUUUUUUUUCAUUUUUUUAUUUUUAACCAAGUGCCAUUAACAUUCAUCCCUCACAUCCCGAUUCUAAACAAGCAUAAUGUUAGGGAAUGUGCUGGGAUGGACGAUCACAUGUAAGGCAGGAAGGAUAUGUCAAAAUGACGAAGGCCAAAGGUAAGGCCAGAGGGUUUGAGGAUGUGUUUGGGGGAUGCUGAGAAAGUUAAUACAGAGGAGAGAAACAGAGGAGAGAAAACAAGGGUAUUACACAUCUCAUAGAGAAAGGAGAAAGCGUUCGGAACUGCUGCAAAAACACACGUAUCCAUAAAGACUCGUGUUAUCAGAAAAGAUUGUGAACACAAUCACAUUAGCAUGAAUCCUUUAAAAGGAAGAAGAUCUUAAAGUAUUUGCAAAUCUGAAUUUCUAUUUAUUCCUUCACUGAAUAUAGAAACAAUGGUUAUCUGAUUAUUAGAGAUAUUAUUUUGGAUAUGUUACUUAUUAACUUGCUAUGGCUGGUAACCAUGAUAAAGUCUGUUAUUAAUAACAACAUAAUUCUUUUUUUAAGAAAAGAAAAGCUUAUUUUUCAUUGACUGUGUAUAGAUUUACUUAGUUGUGUUUUGCUAUAUUAGUGUUUUUUUUUUUUAAGUUGAGUGUUCUGAUGAAAUUAGGAGCCUGUCCCCAGCUUGUUUUGAGUCCUGUGUUGACUGCAGGUAUACAGCUCAAUUUAAAAAUCCUAAAGCAAAAGAAUUUUAUUUAUAAAAAAAAAAAAAAAAACA